AUGGCGCGCACCAGGAGCCAGAGUCGUGAGCCUAGUGUCGAGCCACGUUUAGUGCACCGUCAGGCCAGGGCUGGGACAGCUCACAACGCGCGUCAAGCCCAACAACAGCUUGAGCCUCUGACUGAGGAUUUGAGUGAAGUCGAAGAGGACCUCGAAGACGAUCUCGCAGAUGAUCUUGCAGACGAUGACCGUGAAGAUAUGGGCCGGCAGUCGGCAGCAUCUGAGGACGAAGAGGUCUCAAGCCCCGACUCCGUCCCGAUCGAGACCUUCUCCCAAACUGAACUCCAGAGACUCGACCCUGUCAGAAUGGAAAGUAACUUGGAAGAGCUCAACGCACGGGCUAGGAGACUUCUUGGUUGCUUCAAAACACGCACCGGACAAUCUGAGGAGCUACAGUCCCUCAUUCACGAAUCGCAAGAUCCUGACUCAAAACAACGCCAAAAGGUAGAUGGUUGCUGGGCCGCACUAGAAGAGACGAAGGGCAUAUUCACUCGAGGUGGAGCAUACCUGAAGCUCAAUACUAUUCUCCGUGGCUUGUUGAGAAAACGAAACACACAGCCAUUGCCAAAGGUCUCCCGGCCCUGGAGACCGGAUGACGUGAUAUGCAAGGCCAACCUAGCCAUCCUCGUAUAUACCGUCAUGACCCAGCCUACGGACGAAGUCUUUGUCGACGCCCUAGUGCACCUCGACGCAUUCUUCCCGACAUCUUUUAUGGUCGGAUUCUCUCAACCUAGAGCUCAGUUGCCGGCAGGCUGCAGCGCUCUCAUUUCGCAGACUUUUGACUUCGCCCUAGAGCUUAGGACCCAGUUGCUCGUUGGUGUGCUUGAACUUUCCAAUCCAACUCAAGAUGCCGCAGCAAAGAUGAUUCAGGAUGCAAUGCUCAACCUCGAAGAAGACGAUGAUGACUACGAGGAUGAUAUGGGAGCUCUGCAAAGCCUUCAGGCAGCUCUGUCUCAUAAUCGUCAUGCUAAAGGAUGGGAGCUACUUGAUCCGCAUGCAUUUGGUACCAACGAAUAUGCUAACAAGAUCAUUCGACAGGCAUAUGUUGAUGAGGACGAAAGGGACCAGGAAGCACCGUCGAACAUCGAAAACAACGUUCGACCUGUACCUACGCCAAGGGGUCGCCCAGGCACAUCCACUGCUGCUCCAACACCCGCUACCGCACGUGUAGAACCGGGCGUGAACACAGCACAAAUUGACGACCAAGUCACCGACGAUAUAGCGUUAUCCGCUGGUCCGACACAAAACCGUCCUAGACUAGCUGGACUGCUGGCGAGAGUGCACGCACGCGAAGAACAAGAACGUCAACAACGGAGAUUUAUCGACGCUCAACCCAAUGGUGUGAGAAUAUCUGACGACCUGUUUGAUUCUCAGCCUGCACCCAGCACCCAGCGUCAGGCUUCAGGUAGGCCGGAGAUUGAGAUAGAUCCCACCUUGGAUAACGACGUGCAAGACCCAAGCGAAGAUGAAGGCUUCCAGGUCGACCAGCGCGGUCUUCCCGGCAAGAGACCUCGUCCCAAGUCCUCGGCUGUACCAAGUCAAGCCUCAGCAGGCAGCACUCUGCCAGAACGUCGUGGUCGAAGAACUUCUGAGGUUGACAGUCCGAACAAGCGACAGCGGAAGAAUCCUGGUCAGCUCGUUCCACCGUUCCAAUCUACUGACGAUGAGGAAGUCAACUCUUUCAGAAUCGCCUCUGUGCUCACCAGACAACUUCAAGCAACAAGCGUAAAGCCGCAGAGNGGGCGAAGACCUUGGACUGACGACGAAGUGGGAGCUCUUCUCAGGUUGAUCAGAGACCAUGGUAUAUCCUUUGCGCACAUCAAAAGGAUUGAUAACGCAAGGGANCCCCCAGCGCUUGGAGAUCGGACCGCGGAAGAUAUCCGCUUCAAAGCUAGAGAAAUGAAGGUCAAAUACCUCAUGUAA